AUGGCUUGCAUGGAGCUUCUCUACCUGGCCGAGGAGGGCAGGCAGGCGCCCCUGGGCACCGCUGCUGGCUGGAGCCUGCCAUCCCCUCCCUACGAGCAGCAGCAGCAGCGUGAGGGAGGUGAGGUGGACCCCAGAGCAGCUGCUGCGGUGGCAGCCCUGCACUGCAAAAGGCAUUGCAAGCCCUUGCAGAGGGGCCCUGUUGCAGCUGAGCCCCCCCCGGCACCCCAGCCCUCCUCCCCGGGCACCUCUCCCCGGGAGCACCCUGCACCCCCCGGCACCUCCCAGCCCUGCCACCCGCCCGAGCGCUUGCCUGGGGAAGAGGAUGGAGGGAAGAAGAAAGCCUGCUGCUGUGCCCAGGAACUCGAGACGUCAUUCACCUAUGUGGACGAAAAUGUAAACCUGGAGCAUGCAAGAAGUCCCCCCAGUCCUGCGGGCGGCCGGUGCCAGGAUGCCCCUCUGCAGCAGCGUUCCUGCAGGGAGCUGCCACCCGAGUGGGUGCACGAUUCUCCUUCCCUGGUCUCUGAGGAGGACGAUGCUGCCUCGGAGGUGGCGGCCGGGAAAUCCGUGGACUACGGGUUCAUUAGUGCCAUUUUGUUCCUAGUUAGUGGCAUUUUGCUGGUGAUCAUUUCCUACGUGGUACCCAGAGACGUGACUGUGGAUCCCAACACCGUGGCUGCCCGGGAGAUGGAGAGGCUGGAGAACGAGAGCGCUAGGAUCGGGGCUCACUUGGACCGCUGUGUUAUUGCCGGGCUGUGUCUCUUAACCCUGGGGGGAGUGGUGCUCUCCAGCCUGCUGAUGAUGUCCAUGUGGAAGGGGGAGCUGUACCGGAGGAGCCGGUUUGCGUCCUCCAAGGAGUCUGCAAAGCUCUAUGGGUCUUUCAAUUUCAGAAUGAAGUCUGGUGCAAACGAUAAUAUGCUCGAGCUGUCGUUAGUUGAGGAAGAUGUGCUUGCCAUAGAUAAUUAGCGUGGUCAUGAUUUUUAAGGCAGCAUUUCUACAGGAAAAUACGUUUCAUUAAAGAAAACAGAUGUGGCUAAAGAUAGCUGGUGAUGCAGUUUAUUUGUCUGAGAAGAAUGGUUUUUUCUUAAGCUCUAUAAUCGAAUGUUUGCAGUAUAUGAGCACUUGUUGUAAAGGGAAAACUUGCCAGAGAAAAUGCAACUGAUAUAAAAUAAUGAAAACCACUGAAUAAAAAGAGAUUUGUGAUAA